AGAAACCGAAUUGGCUCGGAAAACCCCAGCGAUGUCUUCCGUUUCUUGGUUGAAGAGCGGACGCAGUGCUGCCAAACCAGAAAAGUACGGUACACAGAGAGGGUGGAAUAUCUCAUGCAAUUGCCUGUUGCAAUGGAAGCUGCGAUAAACAAAGAUGAAUUGAUUGCUUAUGAACUGAAGAGAAGAGAAGCGGAAACAACAAGGAGGCCCCCACCAGAGAUGGUCCGGGCAAGGAUCCCUUUCAGUGCUUGUCUCCAGGCCUUUAUGGAACCAGAAAAUGUAGAAGACUUCUGGAGCAGUGCCCUUCAAGCCAAGUCUGCUGGCAUUAAAACAUCUCGCUUUGCUUCCUUUCCUGAAUACCUGGUGGUUCAGAUAAAGAAGUUUACUUUUGGCCUUGACUGGAUCCCUAAGAAGCUUGGUAUGUAUUUUGACUCAUGUCUUCCAUAUUGA